AUGAUACACAGAAUCUACGAAAUUAUCACUUCAUUCGACCAGUCUCAUGCGCUCUCGGCUGGAUUCAAUAGAGAAUUAUCAUGUGUUCCAAUCGGGCAUAUUGACAGAGAAAAGAAAGACCAGUGCUGCGGAGAAUACCCUACACGAUUUCCAUAUUCAUCGUCAAGCAAAACAUGUUGUGGUGGCAAGACCUUAAAUCCGUUGUUUAUGGAAUGUUGUGAUGGCCGAGUAUCUGCAAUCGGGACCUGCUCUACUCUUGCGCCAACAACUGAUCCUCCGAUUUCUUCCACAACAGGAGGACCACUUUCAACAUCAACUCUUUCAACUCCUGGACCCACAACAACCACUCCAGGUCCGCCUGGAACGACUACAAUAGGUCCACCAGGAACUACAACAACAGCUCCGCCGAAUCCUCCUGGAACAACAACUGCAGGACCAUUAGGACCUUCAACUACAGCUCCACCAGGUCCUCCAAUAACAACAACAAUUGGUCCACCAAUGCCUCCAACAACAACAGCUCCCCCUGGACCGCCCGGAACAACGACGUUAGGACCACCAGGACCAUCAACGACGGGUCCUCCUGUCUCAACUACAGCUCCACCAAAUCCUCCCGGAACAACAACAAUGGGUCCUCCAGCGCCUUCAACAACAGCUCCUCCUGUACCGCCAGGAACAACGACGUUAGGGCCACCCGGACCAUCAACGACAGGCCCUCCUGUCACAACUACAGCUCCAUCAAAUCCUCCAGGGACAACAACCGUCCAACCACCUGAUACGUCAACUACAGCUCCACCAGGACCUCCCGGAACAACUACAAUGGAUCCUCCAGCGCCUUCGACAACAGCUCCUCCUGGACCGCCCGGAACAACGACGUUAGGGCCAUCCGGACCAUCAACGACAGGCCCUCCUGUCACAACUACAGAUCCACCAAAUCCUCCAGGGUCAACAACCGUCCAACCACCAGGUCCGUCAACUACAGCUCCACCAGGACCUCCCGGAACAACAACAAUGGGUCCUCCAGUGCCUUCGACAACAGCUCCUCCUGGACCGCCCGGAACAACAACGUUAGGGCCACCCGGACCAUCAACGACAGGUCCCCCAAACCCUCCAAACACAACAACUGCCGUGCCAACAGAACCUUCAACUACUGCUCCGCCAGAUUGUCAAUGUCAGCCAGGAUGGGCAGGUGAAUUCUGCGAUGUUGUCUGCCCAGCUACGUUAACGGGCCGUCUCGACUUAGCAGUGCUUAUGGACGUUUCCGGGACUAUUGCUUCGAAUCCGAACAAAGAUGCGGAUACUUUUGCAUUUUUCGAAGCUCUACUAAACGAGUUCGACACUGUUAACCAAGUUCAAUUAUCCAUAAGCUCGUUCUCAGAUGAUGCUGUCAUUGACCUUCCGAUGGGCCAUUAUAAUGAGCUUCAAAUCAUGAGCGCAGUAAAUAGUAUCGAUUGGGUGGGCGGCCUUACUGAUAUAAACGAAGGACUGAUAACUGCGUUGAGUACCAUGAAUACGACUGACGAUGUUCCAGAUGUAAUGAUCUUUGUCUCUGAUGGAUUUGAUUCUUUUGAUCCGGCUGCGAUUGGAGGAAACGCUGCAAAUAUCACCAAUGCUGGUGUAGAAGUGGUUGCCGUCGGCUUUGGUCUCAAUGGCUUUGUUAACUUUAUGACUCUUAUGACCGUUGCUGACAACGAAGGUGGGAAUGUGUUCACAGCUAGUACUGGUGAUGAGCUGAUGGAUCAGACGUCGGCGAUUCUGGAAGCUUUGUGCACUGCAAAUUCCCCAACACGGUUCGCUGUCGAGCAUAAUGAUCCUGUCGGAGAAGCCGACUUCAUGACGAUUCAAAUGAUGGCUCUUCAUAUCGAUCUGACAGGAGAACCACCGUUUUAA